UGGCAUAAAAGCCGGGCUCCUGGCUCUGUCGCCUCAGUCUCCAGGCGGUGGCGUGGAGAUGGCGUUCCGCGGCAGGAGGCCGGAGCACGGCGGGCCCCCGGAGCUGUUUUACGACAAGAAUGAAGCCCGGAAAUACGUGCGCAACUCACGAAUGAUUGAUGUCCAGACCAAGAUGGCUGGGCGAGCAUUGGAGCUCCUUUGUCUGCCCGAGGGUCAGCCCUGUUACCUGUUGGAUAUUGGCUGUGGUUCUGGGCUGAGUGGAGAUUAUCUCUCAGAUGAAGGGCACUACUGGGUGGGCAUCGACAUUAGCCCUGCCAUGCUGGAUGCAGCCUUGGACCGAGACACUGAGGGAGACCUGCUUCUGGGGGACAUGGGCCAAGGCAUCCCCUUCAAACCAGGCUCCUUUGAUGGUUGUAUCAGCAUUUCUGCUAUACAGUGGCUCUGUAAUGCAAACAAGAAGUCUGACAUCCCUGCAAAGCGCCUGUACUGCUUUUUUUCUUCGCUUUACUCUGUGCUGGUUCGUGGAGCCCGGGCUGUCCUGCAGCUAUACCCGGAGAACUCCGAGCAGUUGGAGCUGAUUACAAUCCAGGCCACCAAGGCUGGCUUCACUGGUGGCGUGGUUGUGGACUUCCCCAAUAGCGCCAAGGCAAAGAAGUUCUACCUCUGCUUGUUUUCUGGGCCUUCGACCUUUAUGCCAAAGCCCCUGAAUGAGAGUAACGAGAGUAAUGAGGAAGAGGAGGUCCAGGAGUCCGUGUUCACAAGAGAGAGGAUCCCAUACAGGAUCGCGUGCCGCGGGGUGGUAAGGAAGAGCCGUGAGUGGGUGCUGGAGAAGAAGGAACGCCGUAGGCGGCAGGGCAAGGAGGUCAGACCUGACACCCAGUACACCGGCCGCAAGCGCAAGCCCCGCUUCUAGGUGGUUUGCUUAGGCUGCACGCGGUUAUUACAGGCGAGAAGUUUUCUCUGUUGAAGUGCCUACAUCCGUCAGCUGACAAAAAUAUUGUUUUAGAAAAGUUUUCAUGUUCUAACAGUUUCUCUUCACUUAACAAAAGUUUUAAUAGCAUCUUAUUUUGUUCUAAAAGCAAUAAACCACUUCCUGUGGAA